AUGACGAAUUAUCCAACCAAAUAUCUUCUUUUCCUCCUCAUCUUCCACUCCAUUUUCUUCGGGUUCGGGAUUCGACAAUCCCGAGCUUGCCACCCUACGGAUAGUGAGGCGCUCCUCGAUUUCAAGAGAAGAAUCACUUCCGAUCCCUCGGUAUUGCUUGGCUCUUGGAUUCCUAGCAAAGAUUGUUGCACAUCAUGGGACGGAAUCAAGUGCGACCCUUCAACAGGCCGAGUCAUCAAUUUGGAUCGUCCCGGGCUUUAUUCCGACAGCAGUGGUGAUCGUAUAGACACCUCAAUGUCUGGAACACUAUCCCCAUUUCUUGGGAAUCUCUCUUCCCUUCAACUUCUCAAUCUGGCCUCACUGCAGAACUUAACGGGCCCCAUCCCGUCUGAAAUAGGCAAGCUUACUAACUUGCGCAAAAUGUACCUCGGAUCAAACAGUCUCGAAGGAUCAAUCCCGAGCUCCAUUGAGGGCAUGAGUCGACUACAAAUCCUUACUCUUAACCAAAACCAUCUCAUGGGCCCCAUCCCCCAUAAUCUUUUCAAGAAACUGACAUCGCUUACAUAUGUCGAUUUUAGCCGCAACAAUUUGACCGGAAGCGUGCCUGAGUCCAUAGGAAACCUAUCCAAUCUCGGGUUCUUGUUUCUCCAAAACAAUCGCCUCAGCGGAAGUAUCCCACCAUCCAUCGGAAACAUGAAAUCCCUCCAAUUAAUCUAUCUAUCCAACAACGACCUUUCCGGCCCGAUCCCGAACUCUAUCGGCAACCUACGACUAGCUCACACCCUGAAUCUCGAAAACAACACUCUUAGCGGCAACAUCCCCACGAGCAUCCGCAACAUGACGAGUCUUGUCAACAUAUUACUCGCCAACAACAACUUCACCGGCAAAAUCCCACUAACCCUAUCAAGACUCGAGCAGCUAUCACACCUAGACCUAUCUAGGAACAGGCUUUCCGGCCCGAUCCCACCCCAACUCGCCAAAUUGCGCAACCUCGGAAAUCUAUUCCUAUCCAGAAACGGGCUUUCCGGCCAGAUCCCACCCCAACUGGCCAAAUUGCGCAGCCUCGGAUAUCUAGUCCUGUCUAGAAACAGGCUUUCCGGCCCGAUCCCACCACAACUCGCCAACUUGAGCAGCCUCGGAUUUCUAGACCUUUCUGGAAACUCCCUCACAGGGAAGAUUCCGGAGGGAAUCUUGAAUCUUGAAUAUCUCGUCCAGUUUAAUGUUUCGUGGAAUCAGUUGAGUGGGAAGAUUCCGCUUCAUAGAUUCGAUUUUCCGGCUUCGGGGUUUGCUGGGAAUCCUGGUUUAUGUGGAGCGCCACUUGCUCCGUGUAACAACUACUAG